AUAAUUUUUUCCUGACUUACAGGAAAUGGGAGUAUACCUUAGUACGCCAAAAACUGAAAAGUUUUCAGACGAUGGUGAGAAUGACAGGCUUCGGUAUGGAUUGUCAUCCAUGCAAGGAUGGCGUUCGACUAUGGAAGAUGCUCAUGCAGCUUAUCCAGAUCUGGACAACAUAACGUCAUUUUUUGGUGUUUAUGAUGGUCAUGGAGGUCAAGCAGUGGCUAAGUUUUGUGCCAAGUAUCUUCAUCAACAGGUGCUCAAGCAUGAGGCAUAUUCAGCUGGAGAAAUAGGGACUUCACUACAGAAAUCCUUUCUCAGAAUGGAUGAAAUGAUGCAUGGACAAAGGGGAUGGAGAGAGUUAGCAGUCCUGGGAGAUAAGAUAGACAAGGUUUCUGGCUUUAUUGAAGAACUCAUAUGGUCUCCCAGAAGUGGUGCAGCCAAUAAAAAUUUUGAUGAUUGGCCUUCUGAGGAGGGCCCUCACUCUGAUUUUCAUGGACCUAAUGCUGGAAGCACAGCCUGUGUUGCAAUAAUUAGAAACAAGCAACUUAUUGUUGCCAAUGCCGGUGAUUCCCGCUGCGUAAUAUCUAGAAAGGGUCAGGCUUAUAAUCUGUCUAAAGAUCACAAGCCUGACCUUGAGCUGGAGAAAGAUAGGAUUCUGAAAGCUGGUGGUUUUAUUCAAGUGGGACGUGUCAAUGGAAGUUUGAACCUGACUAGGGCAAUUGGAGAUGCGGAGUUCAAACAGAAUAAAACCCUGCCAGCUGAAAGGCAGAUUGUAACAGCUUUUCCAGACAUAAACAUUGUUGAGCUUUGCGAUGAUGAUGAGUUUCUUGUUUUAGCUUGCGAUGGGAUUUGGUAUCGUAUGUCGAGCCAACAACUAGUGGAUUAUGUUCGAGAGCAGUUAACCUCUGAAAAUAAACUCUCAGCUAUCUGUGAGAGAGUAUUCGAAAGGUGUUUGGCUCCAACAGCCGGUGGUGAGGGAUGCGAUAACAUGACGAUGAUCCUUGUUCAGUUCAAAAAGCCUAUUGGUUUGGGCUCCUCGGAGGAGCAACAACAGCAGUCAUUGACCGAUGAAACAGCCACCGUAGAUGAAAGUGCAUCAGGAUCUGUGUCCGGGGUGACAGAUCAAACAGCCACCGUAGAUAAAAGUGCAUCAGGGUCUGGAUCUUAAGAAAUCAUAUUAGCCCCCUUUCAUAUCUGACCUGUUUCCUUCAAAGAUGUCAGCAGAAGACGAAUACUGAAGUUUCACAUUUUAGGAAGUGAUUUUCUUGUGAUAUGAUUGUUUAUAUGUAUAGUGUUCCAGCUUCCUUCCAUUGAAUAUAUCCCUAUCUGUUAAGGGAAUUUUUUUUUUGUAUCUGUCA